AUGACAGUCCGCGACGUCGAAAAACAGUCCUCCGGUCCUAGGGCGGCGGAGAUUUCUCCAGAUCUCCACAAUCCCAGCAAUCAUGUCAGUGCAGAUAAGCUGGCUCGCAAUUUGUCGGCGCGCCAGGUGCAGAUGAUCGCUAUCGGAGGGACCAUAGGAACUGGCUUGUUUCUAGGAACGGGCAAGGCAUUGGCGACCGGUGGACCGGCAUCGAUGCUGAUUGCAUACGCUAUAUGCGGAGGAAUUGUCUUCACGACGAUGCUGUGCCUGGGUGAGAUGGCGGCUUUUGUUCCGGUUGCGGGGUCUUUUUGUACUUUUGCGGGGCGGUUCGUUGACGAUGCGCUUGGAUUUGCGUUGACGUGGAACUACUGGUUUAAUGAUGCUGUGUCGACGGCGUCGGAUGUUAUAUCGCUACAGCUGUUACUUGAGUUCUGGACGGAGAAUUUUCCGGGCUGGGCUAUUAGCUUGAUAUUCCUCGUGGUUGUUAUUGCGUUGAAUAUCUUGUCUGUCAAGGUUUAUGGAGAGGUCGAGUAUUGGCUUAGUUUACUCAAAGUCGUGACUAUUGUGAUUUUUAUCAUUCUCGGAAUCGCCGUCAAUUGUGGCGGUAACACAGAUCACAGAUACAUUGGCGAUAAGUUCUUCUAUACUGGUGAUGCCCCCUUUGUCGGUGGAAUUGGUGGCUUUGCAUCGGUUUUUGUCACGGCCUCUUUUGCCUACGGCGGUACCGAAUCCAUCGCCAUCACAGCCGGAGAGACAAAGGACCCUUCCAAGAACCUCCCCCGGGUUGUCCGCAACGUCUUUUGGCGCAUCAUCCUCUUCUACAUCGUCUCCAUCAUCAUCAUUUCCCUAAACGUCCCCUACACCUACCCCGGCCUCGCCAACGGCAAAACCGCCACCAGCCCCUUCACAAUCAUCUUCACGCAAGCCGGCUCCGCCGUCGCAGGAAGCUUCAUCAACGCCGUGCUCAUGACCAGCGCCAUAUCCGCAGCAAACCACGCACUCUUCGCAGGCUCCCGCCUCCUCUACUCCCUAGCCGUGGACGGCUAUGCCCCUCGCUUCUUCGGCCCCCUCAACCGCUUCCAAGUCCCCUGGGUAGCAGUCCUCUCAACAUCCGUAAUCAGUGGCCUCUGCUUCGGAGCAAGCUACAUCGGUGCGGGGCAACUCUGGUCGUGGCUGCAGAAUAUCGUCGGCGUCUCAAACCAACUCUCCUGGGUGUGCAUUUGCAUAUCCUCGCUCCGCUUCCGCUCCGCUAUCAAGCACCAGAAUCUCGAACAUCUCUUACCCUUCAAGAACUGGACGUAUCCGUACGGUCCUAUUAUAGCCGCGGGGCUGAAUAUCGUGCUUAUAUUAGUGCAGGGGUGGAGUUGCUUUAGUCCGCGGUUCAAGGUUGUUGAUUUUGUGUCGUUUUAUGUGGAGAUUCCGAUUAUGCUGGGGAUGUUCUUGGUUUGGAAAGUGUUUAAGCGGACGAAGUUUGUUAGGCGGGGGGUUAUGGAUUUGGUUACGGAUCGGUAUGAUUUGGGCCAAGGUGAGGGAGAUGGAGAAGAGCAGGAUGUGCAGCAGGGUAGUACGGGUGUAUGGAGGCGCUUUGGUGGAGGGGAGAGGGGAGGCAAAAUAGCAACGCAGAUGAAGAGGGUAGGGAUGUGGCUGUUCUUCUAA